AUGAUAUGUAGAGUUUUCGGUCUGAUCGGUGAAAAAGCAGCGAAAGACUUCAUAAUCGAACUGUUGGCGACGACCCUGGAAGAGGAUGAUCUUUUCAUGAAACUUGAGGCGUGUGUAGCAGUUGGUAAGAUGGGUAAAGAAGCAGCAACAGAAUCCGUUAUCAAAGCUCUAGUAGCGGCAGUAGGUCAUGAAAAUUACAACGUCAAUCGUGAGGCGUGUAUAGCACUCGGUCGAAUCGCUGAAAAUCAGACAAUUAUGGACGUUAUCAACGCACUUAAUAUGGCACUGGAAAGUCUGGAUGAUAAUGUCCAACGGGAAGCAUGUAUUGCUCUUGGCAGAAUAGGUGAAGCAGCAGCAAGGAAGAAUGUGAUCGAGGCACUUACGAAGACAUUAAGAAGUCAGAACGAUGAUGUCAGACGAGAAGCAUGUGUAGCUCUCGGUAAACUUGAUGGGAAUGGAGUAAGAGAUGACGUGGUGAAAGCGCUGACCUUUGCACUGAGGGAUGUGAUCGACGAUGUCAGUGCUAUGGCGUGCAAAGCUCUCAAUAAGAUGGGCGAAAAAGUGAUAAGCGAUCUGAUCCAAGAACUUAUGCUGGCGGCUGAAAAUCUAAAUCAUAAUGUCCAGAGAGAGGCAUGUAUAGCCCUCGGCAGGAUAGGUGAAAGAGCAGCAAAAAGAGAGGUGGUGGAGACACUUAUAAGAGCAUCGAAAAGUUCGAAUGAUGAUGUCAAACGAGAAGCAUGUAUAGCUCUCACUAAGCUCGAUGACGAAGCAACAAGAGAGAACGUGAUCUGGGCGUUAAUAGCGAUAGUAGCAGAUUCGAAUGGUAGUGUUCUGUGCGAAGUACGUAUAGCUCUCCGUGAUAUUUGUGAAAAGACAGCAGUGAAUAACGUCAUCAGAGGAAAAUUGGCGGAAAUAGGAGACAAGAAUGAUGAUGUUAGACGAGAAGCAUGUAUAGCUCUCGGUAAGCUGUCUGGAGAGAGACUAAUGAGUAAUGUGAUCGGUGGGUUGAUAGUGGCGCUAGAAGACGAAAAUGAUGGUGUGAAAGCUGCUGCAUGUGAAGCUCUUGGGAUAAUGGGUGAAAAAGCGGGAAGAGAUAACGCUAUUAGAGUCCUCAUGCACGUUAUUUGGAUCAAUCCUGUUGUUAGGGACGUAGCAUGUGAAGGUCUCGUUAAAAUUGGUCAAAACACAGCAGUAGCUGCUGUUAUUAAAGGAUUAUUAUGUCUUAAGGAUUCGGAGUUGGUUGCCAAACUACUGCGAAAGAUUCUGAUUUCCUCACCAUCAUUAUCUCAUAUAGAUUCGAACACACUGUCAAAAUUAUUUGAAUUUUCCAAUGACUACCAUGAUUGGUGGCGUUUUCGGGAUAUACCUUUGGAGAAAAUGAUUAUAGCAUACAGAGAUACCAAAAUAGUGGGAUGGUGUUCUAUUAUUGUGCUGUAUUCGCAGAUCACGGGUCGUGCUGUUACAAUUAUGGAGCAGAAAAUUAUUAUUUACGGGAACGAUAUGAAAACUACGGUUUCUAUGCCAACUUGUGAACUUUGCGAUGACUUGCUUCGCACUUUCAGCAAUCAUAGAACUUCCUUUUUCGCCUACGACAAAAUAGCAAGUGACGGCAUUGGUGAGACAUUGGUGAAAUCGCGUAUCUGCACUGUAAUGUGA